CUUGAACUUAAAGAUCAUCAAUCACUUGAUAAGACAUAAAGAAGCAGUGAAAAUAACUCUGUUCAGCUAAUUUCACGAAAUCUCUUGUCAGAGUUGAAAUACAUUAAUGUUUAUGUUUAUUUUUUUUAAGUUUUAAUCAAUUUCCAGCCUUUUAUCAGUUCAUUGUUUCAAAUUUAUUCUUAUAAAUUCAAUUACAGUGUCAAAACCAAUCUGUGAAAUUUUAUUUCUCAUCAUUCAAUAUUUUUUGCUGUUUUGUUUACAGAGUCAGCUGUAAAAUCUGAAACUAUGACAGUUUCCAGUAGGAUACUUCGCCGUAAUCCAAAAGGAAUUAAAGGCAUAGAAUUUUACGAUUGGCCUGAUGAAUCUUUUGAAGAUAUGGACUCAACACUAGCUGUUCAACAAUUGAUUCAACAAUCAAUUAAAAGGGAUCCUAGUAAUAUAGAUGAGAUACUGAAGCCACCGGAGGGUCAAGAUGAAGGUACCUGGAAAUAUGAGCAUCUUCGCCAAUUUUGUAUGGAUUUGAAUAAACUAGCAGUCAAAUUACAAACGGAAUGUCUUCCUAGUGCAUGUGUUCAAAUGACAGCUACAGAACAAUGGAUAUUUUUGUGUGCAGCUCACAAAACACCGAAAGAAUGUCCUGCUAUUGAUUAUACAAGACACACUCUGGAUGGAGCUUCUUGUCUUUUAAACAAUACAAAAUAUUUCCCAUCAAGAGUAACAAUGAAAGAAUCUUCUGUCAGUAAAUUAGGCUCUGUAUGUCGACGAGUCUAUCGAAUCUUUGGUCAUGCAUAUUUCCACCAUCGCUCAAUAUUUGAUGAGUUUGAAAAUAGCAGCCAUUUAUGUAAAAGAUUCACCAUAUUCGUUACUAAAUAUAAUUUGAUGUCAAAGGAACAUUUGAUUGUUCCAAUACUUAAACCCGAAUCGGAAACCGCAACAGCUACUGAAGAAAGUGAAGCCUGAUCUCACAAUGGUGCUGAUUUUUGGAUGAUUGGUUUUGCUGGUUCAGUUGCCAUUAUCAGUAUCAAUUAGUCAAUAAUUUGAAUAAAUACACAACGAAAACAAAUUCAUUUUGCUUUGGUUCCAAAACAUUAGAGUUAGAGUUAUAGACGCCAGUCUAGUUCUAUAAAAAUCGAAUUAUUUCUUUGAUAAAUUAUUGUUGUUUAUUAGUCAGUACAACUCCAAUCGGCAUAUUCUGGCUUCAACACCUAACUGACGUUUCUUUAUUUAAAAAAAUCUACAAAACCCAAAACGAACUCAUUUUCACUGAAAAUUAUUUUAUAAAUUAUUAUUUCGUAAAUGAUUCUUUAAUUUAUUGCUACGAUUAUAAUCUCAAUAAGUAUCAUUGAUUAAAAGUAGUGAGAUAAUGUUAUGCGUUAGAUUUUCCUCAACUUAAUGUUUGAUUCGCAAAAUUUGUUAAUAUGGUCUAAUUCAGCAAAUUUAUUUAUUAAAAGAUUUUAAAAACCCUUGAA